UGUGAGCACGAGCUCACAUGUAUUUCCGGGGAGCGCGUGAAGGUGGCUGGUCGCUAAGCCCCGCCUCCUACAGGUGUAUACAUUUAUAAAGGCGUUAAUGAGCUUUCCAAUAUGUCGGAUAGGAAGGAAAGAAAAAAAAUAAAAAUUGGCGGUUGGAGAAUUUAGCAGCGUGACUUCUUAUAGACUAUUUAAGCGAAAUGAAUGACUCUGAGAACCCGGAGGAGAAGGGUGACUCUGUUCCCGAGGCCAGCUGGCCUGAAAAUGGAGAUCAGUGGAGCGAUGGAGGAGAAAUGGAAGAAUCUGGGCUCAUUCAAGAAAUGGUGGAGGAAGAUGAGGAGAUUGAUCUGUACAACGAAGAGACCUUCGGAUUAGACCUAAAUGCUGAAGAUCUGGAGGCGGAUCCUGUUGAUCUUCUGUUAAUGGAAGGAAACCAGCCCGCCUCACCCCAUCCUCCAUCACCACACAAGCCCUCUCCUCCCAGCCCUAAAGUUCAAAUCAAGCCUCAGGUUCCCACAAGACCGAGUGAGAAGUCCCGCAGCCGAUGGGAGCGAGUCGGUAUGGGGCAACUGCUGGAUGACCCGGCUGUGAUGAGGACUGUGGAAGGUCCACCCAGUCUCAAGAGUUUGGACAGUGCUAUUGUGGACUGUGGACGCAGUUCAGGCUGGGGGGAUCUCAACGCAAACACGUGGAUGAUGUCAUCUUAUGGCCCAACGAGACAAACGCCUCUCUUACAAGACAGAGCCAUCGUGCGAGUGAUUGACAGGGCGACUCGUGGCAGUAUGCCCUUCACGUCUCCUACCUUGCAAUCCCCGCUGCAGAGGGCUCUCCCUCGGCAGGCGCCUGUCUGUCCGGUGAUGCCUAGAUCUCCGAUACGCCCUCAAAGUCCAUUCUCAAUUAAACAGAAUUACAACCAGCCAGGCAUUUAUCUGUCACCCUCCACGCCAAGAUACCACUCUCCCAAAAUGAUGCCGCUGCAGUUUGGACCAAACUCACCCCGACCCGGCCCCUGCUUCAGCCCUUUACUCAGUCCCCUCCCUCAGAGAUUCAGGUUCCCAGUCCUGGCAACCCAACUCCAUCCACAGCACAAGAGAUUGCUGAGUCAGCGUCCUCAAGGCUUUCGGAGAAAGUCAAAGGAUUGGGAUCAUUAUGCUGAGCUCAUGUCAGCCAAAGAGAAGGAAUGGAUCAUUAAGUUGCAGAUGAUCCAGCUACAAAGUGAGAACCCCCAUCAAGAUGAUUAUUAUUACCAGGAGUACUAUCGGAGACUGGAGACCAAAUUGGCUGAGGAAGAAAUGCUGGGUGACCGCUCCAAGAGGGAACCACCCAAACUCACUACGCCGUACGUCAACAAAACUGUAUCAUACACUCCAGUGGUUCAUAUCGAGGGCUCUCUGGGUCAAGUCGCCGUUUCUACGUGUUACUCGCCACGUCGAGCCAUCGACGCUGUGCAUGGGCACACCAUGGAGGAACAGAACAAUAUCAGACAACAGAAACUCGAGGUGCUGAAUACCAUUGAGAAGUGCUACAUCACUUUGUUGGGGGUGGAGGAAGCCGAGAGAAUGAAGGCUAGCAUUUCGGAUGAGGAGGAAAGGCAGAGAAGGCUGACGACCAUUCAGAGAGGAGUGGAGCAGAUCAGCAACCAGCUACGCCACCCUAACUCUUCGGAGUCUGCAGAAGAGUUCCUACCAUGCCUCUUGGUUUCAAAAGGGAAAAAACUGCUGUCAAGGCUCCUCCCAUUUCUAUCCCAUGACGCAUCUUUGCAGGUUCUGAGAGCGAUCACGACACACCUGCCGGCGCUGAUGAGCCGAGACAUAGAUGAGGCUCUUCCUGUCCUCUACCCCUCGCUCCGAGCUGUGAUUGGCACAUUGACGUUCUCCCAGCUAGUCAGCAUCCUCCGGGAUUUCACCACAGCCUUACCUGACUCCAAAGACUCGCGCUUAACACUGGCCUGCCAAAAUAAGUUUGGUCUGUCACUGGUGUACGCGUUGCUUUCACAAGGCGAGCGACUCCUGACCUCUGACAUUCCCAUGGAGCCAAGCAUUGGUGAUUUCGAGACAUGGACUGACACGGUUUUCCAUGUGGCACGGCAGCUGUCCCGCUCGUCUCUCAUCGAGCCACUCUUCUUGCCCUCCAAUCUGCUCACGCUGUUCUGUCGCUAUUUGGACAAACGCACCGUCCAGCAGCUCAAGAACAACAUGGAGUCUUCAACUGGCUAUCUGGCUGUAGGUUCCUGAGAGUCCUUUUUGUUUUCUCUUCUUUUUUUUUUUUUUUCUUUUUUUUUUUUUUUUUUUUU